AUGCAGUCCGCCCAAGAUGAAGCCCAGGAUCCAUCUCAGGAUCGACCAGGCACUCCACCCCGCCCGCCUUAUUCCCCGGUGACGCCGGUCUUCGCCCAUCUUGCUCCGAUCCCCAACGGCGCGUCUAUUGUACCACCAUCUUCGCCAUCUCAUACCACACAGACUCCGAUAGAACAGCCUCUGGCCGCGCCGCCAGUCUUCAAGCCCGAGCCGCCUCCCGUCCCUAUCUCCGAGAGCGAGAAUCCCGACGCCAUUGCGCUUCGUUCUGCCAUCUCUAUCCUGCAGCUACAAAAACAGCAAAGUUUGCGCGACAUUCAAGCGUUGGAUCGCAUGAAAGAAGUCGCGGCGGCUGAUCCGGAGGGGUUUGCGCGCGAGCUGGCGGCAGGACGUUUGCGCACCGAAGAUCACGGCGCUGUGAUUCAGUUCUCCGAGGACGACUCCAUGGAUACAGGUGACGAGGAUAAAAGUGAAAAGGGAGCAGAUGGCGACGUUACAUCGGGUUCGAAAUUUGGCCGCAUCCCACCUCCACAGAAUGUCGUGCGCAUGCCUCCAAUCAACUGGGCUAAAUACCAGGUGGUCGGGGAACCGCUGGAUCGCAUGCAUGAGGAACAACUGCGCCGCCCGACUUCCGGCGAGCCGAGACGAAGAGAGCCCGCGCCGGAGCAUGUGCUGGCUUCGCCGUACCGACCGCUCGUGGAUAAGUUGGAGACACCGGCGCCCACCGGUCGAGCCAGCAAGGCCAAAAGGCCGUGA